GAUGUUGUCGUUUCAAGUAUGUAACAUUUUUCAUUAGUCUGCCGCGUUAAUUUCAACUCGCUCAUUUUUAUUACGAUUCGUUUUAGAAAAUGUUGUCGAUUAAGGUGUUCUUGUUGUUAUGGAUGUUUAUGGGUGCAAAUUGUUGGAGAAGCUAUAGAACUGACAGGGCUUGCACGGAAGCCGGUAAGAUUGUCAAUGGCUCCUUCAAAGAAUCAUCCAAUAGGUAUCGAAAAUACCUGUGCCAGGCAAAUUAUAUCAGUAAUAUACCAGACUUGGGGGAUAUUGUGUUUAAGUGCGGUUUAAUGAAGAAGACAGGAUCAUAUGAAUGGAAAGCCACGUCAACUUGGUUUACUGACGGCGGUUUUUUAUAUCUACAGAAUGUAACAUGUGAACCAAAGAAAAAAUGUUCCGCUCCACCAUUGCCAAAGGACAUGACCAGAGAAAUAACGACCAGGUACCUAAUUCCUGUCACGAUUAAUAGUGUCAAGAAAGCCAUAAACGAUUUCUACACUGGUGAUACAGUAAAGUACAGCUGUAAACCGGGGCUUAUGAUGUCAAAUGACUCGGAUACAUCAUUCUUUUCUGAUUAUAUCUAUUAUGACGAACCAUCGUCAUCAUCAACAUCGACAACUGCAGCACCUGCCACAGUUUUAAAGGAUAUCACUUGCAACGCAGAUGGCUUAUGGAAUGGCUUUCCUGAUUCUGAAUUGUCCUUCGGUGAAUGUCAAGCGGAAGCUGUAGAGAAAAGUAAUGGUGUCUAUACUGAGUCGGGAGAAGAAAAGUGCGAUUGUAUAGAUGGAGGAUUAAAAAGUAGAAAGGGUGAUCAGGCACCAAAAUGUACACCAGAUCCUUGCAAAGUGCCGCUUGAUUUUGACAAACAUCUGUCAAUAUCUGACAAAACACAUGCAAGUCUCUCUGGAGGUUUCAAGAUAUCAAAUGGUAUUAUGUUUUAUAUGCGCUGUUUUACAUUAGCUCAAGAAAUAAUAAUGUUUACCACUUGA